UCUUCUUUCCCUUAACCUCGUAGCCUGUUCCUCUGUCAUUAUCAUUAGUCACAAUUAAUUAAUAAUUAUUACUAUAAUUGUUCAAAAAGUCUUCUUUUUUUGGGUUUCUUCUUCAUUAUUACACACAAUUGCAGUUUCAUAAUUUUCCACUUUUUUUGUUCAACCCAUUUCCAUUUUUUCACAAAGUUUGAAGCUUUUCUACUUUUCAACAACACCCACUUAUCCAUUUUCUCAAUCAGAAUGUGUCAUUGAGUUGUAGCUGAAGCUUCUUAUUCUGAAUUUUCUCACCAUUUAUUGCAUUGUAGGGUGAAAACUACAAAGAAAAGUUAGAAUCGGCGAAAUUCUCAUGGAGUGACACAUGGAAGCUAAAAUUGAGGACAUGAGAGUCUUUUGGUAGACUGUAUGGGAGGUUUAUUACACUUUUUUGAAUUCAAUCAAGGGAGGAUGGCCAAGAAAGUCCAUGCUCACAAGAGACAUCAUAGUGACUUUGAAACUCAUCGAAAUAAUCUAGAUCUGCAAGUUGAAACAUCUCAGAAGUACAGCCCAGAAGGAGAAUUACCUCACUAUUAUCACGUAGAAGAAGAAUUGUCUGAAAAUAAUCGUUAUUCAAACGCUGGUUCAAUGAAAAAGCUGAUCAAUGAAGAACUAUCCAAUCGAUCAAGCACACGGCAGAAUGCACCAAGCCUUGUGGCAAGGUUGAUGGGGUUAGAUAUGAUGCCUGUAGACACUAAACCUGCUCCAUCAGAUAAAAGAAUAAGUGAAAAUAUGGGGAAGAAGUUUUCAAACAAAGGAACAAAUGGAAGGAGUUCAGUAAGUUGGGAAUCUUCUAACUUUAAUUCUUCUAGCCAUAUUGAAUUCGACUCAUUUCACAAAGUUAAAGAUGACGGCGAUGAUGAUGGAUGGAGCCAGAGUUUUGGAGAACAAAGGCGUCGAGAACAUCCACAGGAAAAGGAACUUCAGAAAUUCAAGAAAGAGUUUGAAGCAUAUCAAGCAGCAAGGUUUCAAGAAUGUUCAAAGUUUGCCGAAAUCGGCAGUGUUUCCAGCAGAUUGAUUUUUCAAGAGAAUCGGAACAGCGAAAAGGUUGCACUUGCACAUAAUACAAGUAUGCAAAGGAAAAUCUUUCCUUCAAAGAGCAGAACUCUAAGUAGAGAUUUUGAAGAGUCCUUAAUGAUCAAAUCUUAUAACAGAUUAGAUGCAUCUUCUCCAACCCGGAUCGUUAUCUUGAAACCUGGUCCUGAUUGCAUAUUCAAUCAUGAAGAGAACUGGACUAGUUCAACAGGGACUUUACCAGGUAGACAUAGUAUAGAAGAUUUUCUUGAGGAGGUGAAAGAGCGUUUGAAAUGCGAACUGCAAGGAAAAACUGUCGGAAAAGGUUAUGCGGUCCGAGGAAGUGAUAUUGAGACACUACGCAAUAAAAAACCAUCUGAUCCUAAACUUAUCGCUCGUCAAAUAGUAAAGCAAGUCAAAGAAAAUGUGACAAGAGAUAACGACUCAAAUUCAGUCUGCUCAGAAUCAACAAGAUCAUACGAAGGUGAAGGGAAAUUCAAUGGACCAAGUUUCCCCGAAUUUAUCAGUAGAGAUUCAAGGAGUUACUUGUCAGAGAAGCUAACAGAUGUUGUAAAAAGUGAAAGACAUGAUACAUUUGACAAUCACAGAUUUAGACUCAAGAAGACAGAAGAUAUUUUGAAAUGUGCAAAUGAAUGGGAAAUAUCGAAAGAAGAAACAGAAAUACAAACAGGGUCUUUCAGGCAUGAACAAGACAACAACAUAUUGUUCCACAGGGAGUUGUUGUCUCCAAGGAACCUUGUAAGAUCCUUGUCUGCUCCUGUAUCAAGAUCAGGAACAUCGUUUGGAAAGCUUCUUCUAGAGGACCGGCACAUUUUAACCGGGGCUCAUAUCCGGAGGAAGCUUGAAGCAGUUGAAACUAUGUCUCUUGAUGUUAAAAAACAGAAAAAAGAGAGAUUUAAUAAUAUUAAAGAAAAAGUUUCCAAUUUGAGAUACAGUUUUGCUCUAAGAGGGAGGAUUUUUGGUAAGAGAAAUCAAUCAAUGGUAGAAUCACAUGGCACUGAAUACCGCCCGACAAUGAGAGAUAUCACAAGUGGUCCAACAGUCCUUGUGAACGACGGUGGUGAGAGACAUGAGAACUACACUGAGGUACCUCCUAGUCCUGCAUCUGUGUGCAGCAGUGUCCAUGAAGACUUUUGGAGGCGAACCGAAUAUUUAAGUCCAAUAUCAACUCCUGAUUUGUCCUCAAGAGAUGAUACUGCUGUGCCACAAGUUUUCCGAGACAUCAGCUCUGGUCUAAAUGAGCUAAGGAGACAACUCAAUCAACUUGAUUCUAGUGAUGUCGAGGACUUCACUACGAACCAGAAACCGUCCGAGUCUGAAUUGGUGCAAAUAAAUGAUCCAGCAGAAUCUUACAUAAGAGAUUUACUUGUUGCUUCUGGUUUAUACUUUGGCUCUUGGAAUAAGUCUUUGUUAAGAGGGGACACAUAUGCAAAGCCUAUUGGAAAUUCUGUUUUUGAAGAAGUGGAAGAAUCUCAUAAAAAAUUGAUCAAGGAGAAUAACGAAAAUUCUAUGAAGGAUCAAAGUGAGAACAAACUAGACCACAAGAUUUUGCUUGAUUUGUUAAAUGAAUCACUUUCAGUUGUUCUUGGACCACCUUUGACACUUUCUAGAUUCAGAAAAAAACUAUGCAACUCUUCCAUGUUGUCGCCGCCUCAAGGAAAGGAACUGUUGAAGUUAGUAUGGGAAAAUAUCCGCGCCUCGUUAUAUCCUUCACUGGAUAUGUCUCUUUAUUCACUUGAUACUUUGGUAGCUCAACAUUUGACUUCAAUCCCUUGGUCUGGAAUAAUCAAUGAUGAGAUCAAUAUAUUGGAAAGAGAGGUUGAAUGUCUUAUAACUAAUGAUCUUGUUGAAGAACUCACAAAGGAUUUGCUCUGAGAAAUACAUCUUACAUGAAAAUUAUGACAAUAAAGAGUUCCAUACAUUGGAGCAAGGGUUAUAUAUGAUCAUUACACAAAUUGGACUAUAGCAGCCUAAUUGAUAUAGUUUUGUAGAUGGAGUAUUGCAUUAAUAUGUGUGUAUAUAAUGUAUUGUGUGUGAGUGUGUGUGAUGUAGAGGGCAUUGAGUUGUGGUAAUACAUAGUGUACAUGAGUGAAGUGAAUAAUUAGAUUAUUUUUUCAAAAUA